UCUGUGCUCGCCCGCCUGGCCACACUAGACAUUUUCUGAAAGUUUACAUGACUGACCGCUUCGCACGCGCUCCUGGAUAAGCCUACACCCGGCCAUUCUCCAUACAUAUCUAACCUUUGACCUAUCAAGGCUGGAUUUGUGUGGUCACCCUUCUGGAGCAGAACCACUGUCACCACAGUCACAGCCGUGCUGCCAUUGGACACUGCUCUCACUGCCCAAGCACCUAGACAUCGGCCAGUGCAUCUUUGAGACUCCCACAGAUAGCUGACUUUGAGAUGGAGAGCAGCAACAUGUCGCGUUUACCUCUACUUCUACUCUGCCUUGCCAUCGCCACUUCAGCAUCCCAGCAGACCUGUGAGCCAGUGGCGGUCCCUGAAAACCAGAAUGCCUGGAUCAGGUUGAGAGAGAUGCUUCCAGGCUGCUGGACCAACUACACCACUCAGGACAGCAAAGAAGUUCACAUCCUCAGCUUGCAUUACACUACUGAGGCUCCCAACAUGUUUACACUGAAUAUGACCGCUGCCCAGCCAAUGCACCUCAUCAUCACCACAGACUCAAAGCAGAUCAUAUACACUGAGGCCCAUGCUAACACGGAUGUCAGCAUUUACGUGGCAAAUGACUCCAAUAUGCAAAUCAUGGGUACAAUUGUGAACGUCCAGAAAAAAGACUUUCCCACAGAAAAUAAAGAUAUAGUGAGGUGGGCCACCGAGAAGUUUGGUGGGGUGACGUCCUUCACCACCAUCCAGAACCCGAUGAGCAUCGCUUCCACAGGGAGAGAGGGAACAAGACUCCUUCCAACUGGCUCCAUCAACUGUACUCUUGAAAACGAAUGGCAUGCGCUCAAGCACUAUCUGAAGUUAGAAUCAAACAUACGUUUGCUCAAAUCCUGCUCGAACCAGCUUCCCCACAGCCACACUGAGAAAGAACUGUACAUCGUCAACAUCCCUGAGGAUGUCAGCAUUCGCCUUGUCUCUGUGCACGUCAUCAGUGAGAGGCAGAUCAGUCUGUUCCUAAGAGGACCCCAGGGUACCGUGUGGAGCAUCCAUGACCCAAAGCACACCAGCUUCAGUUCCAACAACGUGAUCCUGCUUGCUGCCACCAGCAUGAUGCAUAAGAUCCCUCCCACUAUCACCAUCUCCACAGACAGUGCUGAUGCUGUACAGAAGACGGCCUUGGACCAUUUCAGAGCCAGUACCAUCACCAGCUACUCUGAGAUCCGAACCGAGGGCACCAUGGUCACACUGGUCCUAGGGAAUAAGGACCAAACUUCAGUCACAGAGGCUGCACCAACCAAGACAACCCCAUCGCCCCCCAGCCCGCCUCAGAUGCCUCUACUCAUGCAACUGUACACCUCUCCAGACUACCGCUCCCCUCUGGACCCCAACACCAAGGUGCAGAGCGACAAGAGGAUCUACGCAGAGAUCUCAGGGCGGACACUGGGGGAGAUUGUCCUGACCAUCAAGGUGAUCAACUGCUCGGUGCGCUCCAAGGGUUCUUGCCCGGUGGUGAGGGACAUGCCCUUCAGGCCAGAGGUAUGCUCCUCCACCGUGUGCCCCAACAGUACCAGGGUUAGCUUCUCCUUAGAGCUGCUCCAAGACCUGGCCUCCACUAGCUGGGACCUGGAGUGCUCCGUCAAACUCUGCUUCAGCGAGAAAUGUGGAGAUGGAGGAAGAGUGAAGAGGAACUUGGAGGUCACCCAGACAUACAUCCCGCCACCAAUGGAGUGUAUUGACUUUGGUCUGUCAGCCGUGCUGGGCAUUGCCUUUGGAGGUUUCCUGAUCGGAGUUCUGCUCAUUGGAGCUCUGUGGGUCAUCAAGAUCCGCACAGGAUACCCCACCGGACUGGAUGUAGGGUCGACUACUGCAAACCUCUCGAAAUGUCCUUGCUCUCUGACCAGCAAACGGCAACCUGUCUCCAACAACCUCCCCUCUGAGAACAGUAGUGCCAACGCCAGCAUUGGCAGCACUCAGAGCACGCCAACAAGCAGCAUGGCAUGACACCAUCACCACCACCGUCUCCCCUCUCCGUCACACUGAGGGGGCUCCAUGCUAUUUGGUCACUCUUUCACAAUGCUUAAGAAAGCAU